AACUACCGCUUCCACCGGUGUAUGUAUCUAAUACUGCGGUGAGAGCAACACCUAGAUCUUCAACACCUGUUAAAGCUAAUACCCCCACAAGAUCUCAACCAGUUCCCUCAAACAUCCCGACCUAUGUGGAACCUUCGCGAGAGAGUAGUACGGAAAGAGCAGAAAAAGAGAAACAAUUUAGGUUACCGGUCCGAACACCCCCCCUGUUAUGUGCUCCAGUUGCUAGCCCAACAAGGCCAAGCUUUUUGCAUAUAUCAGACCCUAUACCGGUUCCCAGCCAGCGUGAAACUUUUAUCAGGUUGCACGGUAAAGUAGAAAAACAAGAAAAGGAGGAAACAUCUAAAUCGAAGGUUUCUGCUAAUGGAAGCAUUCCAAGAUCACAGCCAAUUACUAUGAAAAAGAGACAUGAACGCCACAGUAUCGACAUCGAUGUUAGUUCUAUGUCACCACCACCUAUCCAGUAUGCUAUGGGUACUCCACCUUUUGGAAGGAGAAGAUCGAUUUCAGGUGGAAGUCUUGGUAGUACUCCUCCUCCUCCAAACAUUUGGAAUGUGUCACCGACGUCAACUUCCAAUCUUUCAAACUCCGCAUUGAAACGGUCAGAAUCUUUAGACACUUCACCUCAAGUCUGCGGUCCACUUGCCAGAGUUUCCAUUCUCAGCAGUCCUAAUUUGAGUGAUAACAAUAACACGAGAAGAUCCCCGGUAUUUGGAACACGUGCCGAGACACUACCCGAAAUAUCCGAAAUGGAAAAUUAUCAAACUUUCUUUGAAGAAACAUCUAACGAUAAGCUUCCUAUCACUUUCAGACCUUCAAACUUAUCAGAAGAGACAUUAUUGGAGAAAGAACACAACGACAUUUUGGCAAAAAUUAACUUUGUAUAUGCUCUGAGUAAUUGCGUUUUGGAAUUGGCAGCUGAAAGGUCGACGCCUUUGUCUGCUUUGGUGGAUCAUUUACAACAAAAUCAACCAAUGGAUGAGACAACACGAAAGACGGAACAGCUAGUUUUGAUGGUGAGGGCCCUGCAGCUUCUCAGCUCAGGAUUGGCCCUGGCAUCUGAACAGUUGAAAGCUCAACACUUGAGGCCAACUACAAACGUAAAAAAUGUUGUAUCAGCAAUGAAUACAAAGUUCCGGAUAGCCCUACAGGAAUGUAAACAGCUCAACUCUACAGGACUGUUGAACAAAGUUGGAACGAAUACUGCCACAGUUGAUAAGAUUUUGUAUCAGCAUGCGAUACAUAUGUGUCAGUCGGCAGCUUUAGACGAGCUUUUCAAGAAACCUGAGGAAUGCUUCACGAGGUAUCAAACUGCUCAGAUUUUGUUGCACAGUCUUUCUCAGCAGACUCAGAACCAACGGGAUAAAAUGAUACUUCUGAAAUAUAAAGAAGCCGUCGAAAAAAGGUUAACAUUGCUUCAGAAGCAAGGCCUCAUAUAUGCUACAGAUCUCAUUCAAUAAUCGUAUUUACAGAGUACCUUUUAAUAUUUAACAUAAAAAUAGGUGAUAGAUGAAUAUCUCAUAUCUUAACCUAUAUUCCUGCUUGAUUAUUCUCAUAUUCCUUAUGAGUGCGUUGCAGUUUAUUAGUUACAUUUGUCGUUAUUUAAUUGAAACAUAUUUCUACCAAUCAGACCUGAGACAUAAGCUGAUGAAAUAUUUCCAUUUCCGUAAUUGCAGUAACUCCAGAAUGUUUAGCAUAAAACUGUGUCACAAUCUUGCCCUGUAAUAUGUAACUUUGCAAAAAUUUGUGUUUUACAACAGAUUAUCUGCAGGAUAUACGUGACUGUUGGAAAACUAAUCAAAGAAGACUAAUGACGGUCCUUCACGACGGACAUUCACGGAGGGUUUCGUGUUUAGAGAGUUGCAGGCAACAUCUUUUGUUUUUUUACACUGUUGGAAGGAACAUAUUUUUCUUGCACUGCUGCUCCUUCAAAAUUUCGAUUAGAUAUAUAUCAAAAUUAAAUUGAAAACACAAAAUUUCUCCAAAAUAUUUCUUCGCUUUCUAAAUUUUUUAGAAGUGACUUUCAAUACAUUCAGAUGUGUUCAUUCAGCAUUGUUCACUGUUCUUGAAAUGGAAUAUUUCUCUCACUUCAUCAAAGGAAGAGAUUUUAUUUGGAGAAAAAUUUAACCUGUCGUAAAUAUUUAUUGCAAUCCGUUUCUCGUCUCUCUUUCUGAUCUUGCCAUUCGUUCUAUAUAAAAUUCUACAACUGAUUCGAGUAGAGAAUUUAACACCACCAAUUUAUUUAUUUUGAACAGUUUUUCAAAGAACUACAUAAGGUUAGUUGUUUGGUGGUUUUAGAUUGCAUAUUUUUCUCCAAGUAAAUUCGUCUUUGCUAUCGAUUAUCUUAACUUGUUGACUCAGCAACGUAGAUGUUAGGAACUGACUGUGUAAUUUAUUAGUUUUUAGUGUUGAAUUUAUAUGUAUCCGGGAUGCUGGUUUAUGGAACAAAAUGUAUGAUAAUUUAAAAUAAUUUACAAUGAUUUAGUAUCAAUUGAAAUGUUGAGAUAUUCGGUGGUGUAUCUGAAAUAAUUUUUUCAUUUUCAAUCAUUUGAAUAUUUUUCAAUUAAAUGUAUCUAUUGUAAAUACAUUGUGGAGUGGAAUGCGGUUCAGAAUUCGUUUUGUGUGUCUGUUUCCGUGGUUUGAGAAGAUGUAGUGGAGUUUCAUUGUCAUACUUUGGUUUUGUCAUGAACUUUGCUGAAUUUUAAAUGGUAGCUAUAAACUAAUAGUGCUCACUCGAGAUUUUCAAAAGUUUUGAUAUGAGUUUUGCUGAAAAUAUUUUUUUUAUUUGAAAGCAGAUAGGUAGAAUUUAGGUAACUUAAUUGUAAUCUGUAUAAUUUAACUCGAAAGUUUUUUUUGAAGAUAUUAUUGCAGAUAAUUUUUCGGAUAUAAUGUACACUGGGCGGUGAAGAAUCAGCAAAUAAAGUUGAAAAAAUCACAUUCUGACUUCACGUGAUGAAUUGGCACAAGUAUAAUUAUCGAUUACAUCAUUGCAAUUUUUCUAUAUGCACUCUAACAUAGAUACCUGAUGACCCUUUGCAGUUGCUGUCUCACACUGACUUUCAGAAUAUUGCUUACUUUUAAUAAUAUUGACCCAACAUUUUCAUUUUUAAUUGAAGAGUAUGGAGGACUCAUGACUACUGUAAACUAUGACAACUGACAAAAAAAGAGUUUCAACAACUUUUUGGCGCUAGCAUGAAUUUUUUUCAAGAUAAGCUUUGUUUUCAUGACAAAACUUUUUGUGUUGUGAAACUACUUGUCGUGAACUUCCGUGUUAAUAAUGUAUACUGAGUUCUUUAUCUGAUUGUUAAUGUCUGGGUUGUAAUUGGUGAAUGCUUAAUAGACUUAUUGGAAAGUGAUAUAUUAGAUUCUUUGUAUAACCACCAACUCAUGUUUAUUUCAGAGUAUUUAAUAAAUAAAUAUAUUGAUGAAA